AUGUCGCUGCGCCCUUUCAUACAACACCUGCCUGCCUUUCGCCAUGGCCAGACUAUCAAACAAACUCUUCAAUUACUGAGUCCAUUCUCGCAACCUCAUGAAUGCAUUCGCGCAUAUCACUUCUCAACGAGAAAUACCACCAAAGCUCCAUCCACAUCGAAGUUACUCGCCGAUCUCUUGAGACCUACACAUACCCUUCAAACCUAUGGCAAACCCCCAUUGAUCAGCCAAUGCCGACAUAACUCCUCAAGCGUUGAACGAGAGGCCUGCGCUCACUGUGGAGGUAGUGUAAACCCGAAGCGCCGAAGACGAGCGGAUCCCGAAGACCGCUCAAUGGGCUGGCACUGCAGCGCCUGCAUCCGCACCCUCGCUUUGCACGGCGUCCUCCCGAACGAAGAGCAACUUGCAUCGAUGCAGAGACGCAGACUGUAUAGGGCAAGCCGUGUGGUCAAUGAGCCGAGCCCAUGCCUCCAAUGCGGGGCCGUGACUACCCCAGGCUCCAAGCGCAAACUCAUCGAUCGGGACAACCCCGACGCAGGCUACCACUGCCGGACAUGUGUGCAGCGUGCGGCUUUCCAGGCCCUGCUACAGAUGGAGAAUGACCAGAAUCCGAUUCAGUACAGUGAUCUCGGGCCUAGUUCUGAGCUUCCGGUUGCGCAGGCGCAUCACCGACAACAUCCUUGUGAUCACUGUGGUGAACCUGCUACUCCGGAAAAGAAGCGGCGGUCUGUUAGUUCGGGGGAUUCAUCGGCUGGGUAUUACUGUCGGUCUUGUGCGAGGCGAUUGGGCCUUGAAGAUAAAUUACCGACCGAGGAGCAGUUAAAGACUGUGAAGGUGCUACGUGGGAAACUGGCCAAGUUUGUUACCGCGCGGAAACAGAAGAGUCCUUGCCAGCAUUGUGGUGAUAUCACCUUACCUGGAAGCAGGCGUAGACUUGUUGACGCGGGGGACUUUUCUUCUGGAUAUUACUGUCGGCCGUGUGGUCGGAACUUACAGAUGAAGGACGAAUUGCCCAGUGAUGCUAUGAUUCAAGCUCGCAGGAUGCGCAAAUAUCUCAAGCUGAAACGCCUGGGAUUUUUGGACCCUCAGCAGGAACUGGAGUCUAAUACGGAGCAUGCAGAGCCGGGCAAGCCAACCGAGGCCGUCCAAGAGAAGGGUCAAUGA